GUUGUGCUGCAGUCACGCAACUAUAAUGCGGUCAGCAUGUGUGUAUUAGCUAUGGUUGCGUUGAUGUAUCCGCUGGAAUACAUGUUUCCGGUGAUACCAUUACUACCAUCGUUUAUGCCAUCGGCUGAACAAUUGCUCUACGCUCCAACACCUUUCGUCAUUGGUUUGCCGGCUUCAUUUUUUGCUCACAAAGCGAUUGACAUACCGAGCGAUGUUAUUGUUGUUGAUCUAGAUACCAAUCAGCUGCUCAUACCGGAAGGAACCACUAUUCCGGAUAUACCUGAACCCGACUGCACUGAGCUGAAGAACAGUUUGCGCAGGUCGCUAGGCAAGUUGUUACUAAAUGCACCGGAACGAGAGCAAGAUAAUGACGAAAAUAUUGCAUCCACUUAUACUCUUGACAGUGACGUUGUCGAUAUUGCUGUACGGGUUGCAAUGAUUCGAUUUUUUAACAGUGCGAACAUAUUUGCGAACUUCAGUGAGCACACUCGAACGCUGCGUUUAUAUCCUCGACCAGUCGUGGCAUUGCAAACUGAGUCUUUUCUGCGUAGCCGCCCACAAGUCACACAGUUCAUUUCGGAACUUUGCAAGUAA